AUGGAAUCCCAACCAGAACUCCCCGUUCCUGACAGUAAGGACGUUGAGCUCAAACAAGAUGGCGCAUCUAGCGAUACCAGCCCAUCGCCGACAUCAACCCAGAAUAAGGAGACCGAUGCAAAAAUAGCAGAGAAGGAACAGUCUAUUCGCCAAGCCUGUAAGUUGCGCGAUUUCGAUGCAUUAGUCGCGCAUGCCACUUCUGAAGGAGGGUUCCUUCGCGAUGAUCUCCGUCGACUAGCCUGGCCGGUGCUGCUUCAGAGUGAUCGAGAUCCCGAUCUUGCCGCCUGGGACGAUUUGCCACCGCAUGCCGACGAGGACCAGAUUCAACUUGAUGUCAAUCGGUCGUUCGUCUACUAUCCUGACUGCUCUGAUACUGAGCUUUCUUUGAAGAAGAAAGAGCUCUCAGAUCUCAUCAACCAAGUAUUACGAACCCAUCCGAUGCUCUGCUAUUUCCAAGGUUACCAUGACAUCGUUCAGGUUCUCCUCCUGGUUUUAGGGGGCCAAAGGGCCGCCCCAGCGGUCACCCGGCUAUCUCUUCUUCGCAUCAGGGAUUAUAUGUUACCAUCCCUGUCCCCAACACUAAAGCAUCUGCAACUCAUUCCCGAUAUCAUUGAGAAGGCCGACCCGGCCCUUCGAUCGCAUCUUGCGGGCAUCAGACCUUUCUUUGCACUUGCGGCUACCCUUACGUUGUAUGCCCACGAUAUCCAAGAAUAUAGCAACAUUGCUCGCCUCUUUGACUUCUUGCUGGCCAAGGAGCCCGUUGUUUCCAUCUACCUAUUUGUUGCAAUCAUUCUUUCCCGGAAGAAAGAACUGCUAGAGAUUCCCAAAGACGAGCCAGAAAUGCUCCAUUUCACCCUCUCAAAGCUCCCAUGCCCUCUCAACCUCGAGGCUUUAAUAUCUCGCGCUGUACAGCUUUUUGAUGACUAUCCACCCGAGUCCUUGUCGUCUCGUGCGUGGAAAAAUCUUCCACAGUCUAGUGUCUUGAAAACUUCAAGAGACCUUGUUGCAAAUCAGACGACAGACGAAGCGGUGGACUUAUUCCAGCAACAAGUGCGACAGCUACGCAACGAAGAGCGACGAGAGAAAGUCAUCGGCUUUCUAUGGUAUCACCGAAGAACAAUCGGCUCCGUGGCUGUUGCUGUCUUCAUUGGCGCCAUGUCUAUUUGGAUCAGAAAGAAGGGGUUGGACACUCCGAUUUGGUCUUAUCUUCACCGCUUCAAGGCAGUGUUCCAAGCGCAAGGUUAUCUCUAA